AUUAAACAACGUUCUUUGUGCAAAAUUAUCAAUACUUUGAAAAUGUAAAACUAAAAUCUUAAAAGCAAAAAAGACUUUUUCCAUUUAGGGAAAUUGAAUUCGACGGUAAUUCGUCGUGCAACACAGGUCGUGAACACUUCAUCAGCUUCACCAAUUCGCGGAGUCAUCACGGACACGUGGAUAUCAUUGCUGUCAAGGAUUGCGUAGUGAAUCGCCGUCAGAUUAUCGAAGCUCGCGCGUUACUUCAAACAUAAGUAGAAUAUUAAUUCAAUUUUAUUUGCGACAGUAAAAUGCAUUCGUAUUUCUGUUUUUCUGAAAGCUUCCUUAAACUUGACAGACGUACAUAAUCUUAAUCGCUAUAGGCAAUAUCAUAAGUACACGGGAAGAACAAUUUUAUUUUUUUAUCUAAAAUGUAGCUAGACACAAAUCAGAUAAUAAUUUUAUGUUGGACUAAAUUAUAAUAAUUUUAUGUUAAACCAAAAUUAUUAUUUAGAUAUUCAAGCACGAUGGAUGAUACUGCAAAAAGUUUUGACAAUCUAACAACUAGCUUAAACGUUCAAUAUAAAUUUUUCAAUGGUUCAACAUAAUUAUUUUCAAAUCUGUAUUUCAGCAAAAUUGUUCUUUCCGUGCUUAUGUCAGUAGUAUCUUUAAGAGUUAAUUUUUGAAGCAAUUAGUUGACAAAUUAAAUUUAAGAGAACAAGAUAAAUCGCAGCAUCUGCUACAUCGUAUUUUUAAAGGCAAUUUUUGCAUAUGAGUGACAAGCUGCAACAAUCUAUGAUAUGUUGCUAUUAUAGUAAGAUUUUGCUGAAGUAUAUAAGUUAGAUUAAUACAGAUUUAAAAAUAAUUUUAAAAAAGCACGUUUUUCGCGACAUUUCGGGACAGUUGGUAAUAGCCGUAAAUCUUUGGGAGAUAUUGCCAUCCGUAGACGGUAAAAUCGAUAUUUCCGUAAAGUGCGCAUGCGCACUUUUGUCAAAAAACUGUGAGUUUCGUGGCGCAUACGCUGAGCGUAUGGUCAAAAUGCAUGAACAAAGGUAGUACACUGAUUUCUCAUAAUCUGUAACUGGAACAGGCAGUAGAGGAAUUUAAAUUUCGAAGGAAUACUGACUAUCAGAAAUUACUUCGACUGUCGCAAAACACAUUUUUCACUAUUACGAUUUCAAUUGCUCAGUGAAUCGCCGGCAGAUUAUCGAGGCUCGCGCGUUACUUCAAACGUAGAAAAAGACAAAUCAUGGAUCCCGAUAGCUUCAAGGAGUACGCGAAGGAUAUGGCGGAAUAUAUCACAAACUAUUUGGAAAAUAUUAGAGACAGGAGAGUUUUGCCUACGGUGGAGCCAGGAUAUAUGAAACCGCUAUUACCGUCCGAAGCACCGCAAUCUCCAGAACAGUGGCAGGAUAUAAUGGCUGAUAUCGAAAGAGUGAUAAUGCCAGGUAUUACUCAUUGGCACAGUCCAAAAUUCCACGCAUACUUUGCCGCUGCGCAAUCGUAUCCUGCGAUUCUGGCCGAUAUGUUAAGCGGAGCUAUUGCGUGCAUCGGAUUCAGCUGGAUCGCGAGUCCGGCCUGUACAGAACUAGAAGUAAUCGUACUGGAUUGGUUAGGAAAAAUGUUGGACUUGCCGAAAGAGUUUCUGGCCUGUAGCGGUGGAAGAGGCGGUGGCGUCAUUCAGGGCACUGCUAGCGAAGCCACUUUGGUAGCGUUACUAGGAGCGAAGAACAAACAGAUAAAGCAAGUUAAAGAGCAGCAUCCCGAUUGGCCGGAAAACGAGAUCAUCAGCAAACUAGUCGCAUAUUGUUCUUGCCUUGCACAUAGUUCGGUUGAACGCGCUGGACUUCUUGGUGGAGUAAAAUUUAGACAGUUGGAAGUCGAUGAAAAACACAAGCUGCGCGGUGACAUAUUCGCUGAAGCAAUCAGGAAGGAUAAAGAGCAAGGUCUCAUACCGUUUUAUGCCGUCGCUAAUUUAGGUACAACUAUUAAUUGCGCCUUUGAUCGUCUCGAUGAAAUGGGCAUUGUAGCAAAUCGUGAAGACGUUUGGCUGCAUGUAGACGCUGCUUAUGCAGGAUCCGCUUUUAUUUGCCCGGAAUUUAGAUACUUAAUGAAAGGCAUCGAAAUGGUAGAUUCAUUCAAUUUCAGCCCGCAUAAAUGGAUGUUAGUUAAUUUUGACUGCUCCGUCAUGUGGCUUAAGGAUCCGACAUGUUUCAUAAACGCUUUUAAUGUCGAUCCUUUGUACCUGAAGCACGAUAUGCAAGGGGCAGCACCGGAUUACAGGCAUUGGCAGAUUCCACUUGGACGCAGAUUUCGAUCUCUGAAAAUUUGGUUUGUGUUAAGGCUCUACGGAGUUGAAAACCUCCAAAAGUACAUCAGAUCGCACGUUGCUCAAGCACACGAAUUCGAAGCAUUAGUCCUUACCGACCCUCGCUUCGAAAUUGUAGGUGAAGUUAUCAUGGGAUUAGUUUGCUUCCGACUGAAGGGAUCCAACAAACUCAAUGAAGUCCUGCUAAAGAGAAUCAACGGUGCAGGAAAUAUCCAUCUCGUCCCGUCAAAGAUAAAGGACACGUACUUCCUGCGAUUUUGCGUCUGUUCUAGAUUUAACGAGAGCAAAGAUAUACAGUAUUCCUGGAAAGAGAUCAAGCUGAGAGCCAACGAGGUUGUCGAAGAGCAAUUGCUUUCAAAGUGAUGGCGCGCUCAGAUAGCUCGCGGUUGUAGAUCGUUAACGCCUGCCACUUGCAACCAACCCUAUCUUCAAGUAUUUCCUUAUACCUAGCGACUCUUGAGAACCAAAUAGGUUAAAAUGACGAGUGAUUAUAGACGGUCUCAAAAAUGUGCAAAAAAAAUUAUGAAUUUUUCAAGAAGUUUUCAAUCACAAUCAAUUAAUCAUGUUUCAAAAAUAAUUUCAAUCUUUUAUCAAAAACGCUAUCCAAUUUAAUAGCCGUUGUGGCUUUAUUAAUUAAAUAUUCAUUGGAAAUUAAAAAAUUACAAAACGAAUAAUGUUUAUUAAUAAAAUUUUUCUGAAAUCAACUGCGCAGUUAAGAAAUCUAAGUGUAAAAUAAAUUUGAAUUAGAUUCAGCAAUAUAGUGUACUUUAAUGAAUUUAAGUAUUAUUACAUAUUAUCUGAUGACAUAAUUUAAUAAUUUACAAAGUGA